ACAAUUUGGACCUGAAUGCCAAAAUCAAGGUGCUCAAAUUUGACCUAUUUUGCAGACCCCGCCAUCUGUGUCUUCAUCACUGGAGAAGAUGAACAGUUGAGAUUGAAAUCAUUUCAAAGCUUACAAACAGCUGUCCACUGCAACCUGACCCAGAAUGGGAUGGACCACCAGAUGUGCCCGGACGAUGUGACCUCUCACCUGGAGGAGGAGCCUCUGGACCAGGGUGCCAUGCUGGACGACGACAGCCCCACCUAUCAGGACGUGAGCCCCGGGUACCAGCGCCGCUCACCGCCCCAGCGCUCCGUCUCCGAGUCAGAACUCUCACGUUCGGGGAAUGUAAAGCUGUCCAAGCCGGUGGCCCUGUGGACCCAGCAGGACGUGUGCAAGUGGCUGAAGAAGCACUGCCCCAAGCAGCACCAGAUCUACAGUGACUCCUUCAAGCAGCAUGACAUCACAGGACGGGCUCUGAUGAGAUUGACGGACAGGAAGCUGGAGCGAAUGGGCAUCAUGCAGGAGGGCCAACGGCAGUACAUCCUCCAGCAGGUCCUGCAGCUCCGCGUCAGAGAGGAAGUCCGAACCCUGCAACUACUCACGCAAGGUAUACAGCGCAUUCGGGAAAGUAUUCAGACCCCCUCUCUGGAGUGUUCUCCGUAGCCCGGGCGUUCCAGGACACCAGCUGCCAAAAGGACCCAGUCUCCCUCGGACCUCCUACAUCUGACCCCCUCCCCCCACCAAUCAGAGCUGUCCUGACCCCAACCUUAAUCCUAACGCCAAGCUUAACCCCAUGCUUAGUCCCAAAACCUCAAACCUUCACACAAGUAAAUUCAUUGGCUUGUCCAGUGACUUAUCAUCGACAUUCUAUCACUUUCUUGCCUUUAACAAAGCAUUCCCACUACAUUUGUCCCUAUGCCACCCCAACUCUCCUACCCCUUUCGCCCAGGACAUUCUGAGAACAAGCAUCAAGAGCUGGACAACUUAUCAACCCUCAACCGACGAUCCAACCACAAAGACUGUGGAGAACAACAAUAAAACACACAUGUCAAAUAUGGCAUCAACUUGAAAAAAACGUCUAUGUUAAUUCCUCCUUGGCCGUCCUAUGUGAAUACAACCCCCGGGAUACACCACUGAGCCGGUGUGUAACAUUCUGUUGACUUCUAAUGGUGACUUUAUAGACAUAUUGGGUACACCAGCCUUUCGCUCUUACCCUCCGUCUUCUUUCUCUCGGUCUCUCUCGCGCUCUGUCCUCACUGACUAUGUCGGCGCAGCGAGAGGGUGACACAUUUUGCACUUCUAUAUGUUCCCUUUCUCUUUCACUCUCUCUCCCUCUUUUUCCGACUAUUGUCUGCAUUGAUUCUGUGCAUUGUCAGUGUCUGGGCUUGCCUGGUGAAAAUAUUGUCUCGGUUGUCCUAUCUGUGUCCUCUGCCCUGCUCCACUCUCUCCCUCCUUCACUUUGUGGGUCGCUCCCUCAGUGAACUUCACUGCGAAUACGUCCAGGUGUGGCAUGAAGAGAGAGAACCAGGUGAAAAGUAAACGACUGAUAACCUACAUGGGACAAUUGGUGGGUUGAGAGAUGUGGUUGAGAGAGAACCAGGCAAGUGCUUCUCUACUGAUGAAGAGACCAUAAAGAAGAAAAAGAUCACACUGAAGACCCCCCCCCUUUCCAUUUUAAAUAUGAGCUGUAUUGAAAAUAGUGUAGAAAGGAAAAUGUGCAAAAAAGCAUGUACCAUGUGCAAAAAAACAUGUACCAUGUGCAAAAAAACAUGUACCAUGUGCAAAAAAACAUGUACCAUGUGCAAAAAAACAUGUACCAUGUGAAAAAAACAUGUACCAAGUGCAAAAACACAUGUACCACGUGCAAAAAAACAUGUACCAUGUGAAAAAAACAUGUACCAAGUGCAAAAACACAUGUACCACGUGCAAAAAAAAACAUGUACCGCGUGCAAAAAAAACAUGUACCACGUGCAAAAAAACAAACCAUCCAAUGUCUGCCAAGUCUAUCAGAGACAUGGCAUUUAUCUCCCUCGUUGUUUUAUGACAAACUAACUCUUUGCUGUAACUGUUAAUGUGAAAUGGCCAUUCACUGUUAAUAUAAAGGCCUUUUACUGUACUUAGAAGCACAUGGAACUGUCAUGCCAACAAUCCCGUCAAUUGCUUGGGCCAUCGUCCUCUAUAUGUGUGUUUUCAAACCCUGUAGCCAGUAUGCUGGAGUGAUUCCUAUUACCCAUGUAUCACUACCACUGUAGCAUGACCUAUUGUCACCAUCACAACAACUUUCUCUCUGUGAAUAGGAAUAAAUGGGGAUCCCCAAAAAAAUAAAUGGCUGUCAAGAAAUGGAAGUAGGGGAAUUCCAACCCUGGAGAAAGCCAUUGGUUUAGCUGAAUUUAAUUGCAACAUUGGGUCUUGUGUUACGAGUGUCCAUUGUUUGGAUUGAAGCUUGGCUUAUGCUGUGUAGUUGGUGGUUGGCCCAUUAGUAGCACAUUUAAUAGUAUUGAUUAAACCUUCAGGACUGUGUAGACCUACAGGCCUGGAAUAGCCCAUCCCUGACAUUGGAGAGGUAAGGAAUGCUGAUACUUAGUCACAUGGGAUGAAGUCAUUCUUAGCUAAACACAAGUGGCUAUUUCAUGCUUCGGUGGAGAUCUGGUGUCAGUAUCUCUCUUGGCUAGUGGGGGCUGCCUGCCCUGCCUGCUGCCAGUUGGGGGACCUGGCACCUUCUUUUCACAUCAUCUGGAUGUCGAUAGCCGAACUGGGAGAAGUAGUCUACAGUAUUAACCCAAGGCAGUGUUUGGAUAAAGAAAAAAAACUCCUGGAACUGUAACAUGGGCUGCUCCUUCCUGCCAACUAUAACUGGGCUGUAAAAUGAGUUAUUUAGUAAAGGAAGUAUUAUGACUUUGUAUAUGGUAACUCACCAUGUGACUUUCAGGGCAUUUCGAACCUGGGUGUGUUCAUUAGGGCACACCGGAACCGUUUUGCGACGGAAAACCAGACCGAGCGUUUCUUAUUGGACAAGUCCAGGUAGUCCCAUGUUUGAACCCAUUUUCUCCCGUUUGGUGCCUAAUGCACAUGACCAUGCCAGCUCUGCCAAGGUGCCCGAGGACUUUCCUGAAAUGGCUAUUUCCACAAUCCCCUGAUACAUUUUUUACGCUUUUGGAAUUUAUUCAUUGGCACUUUACUAGUGCACUGUUACUCAAGAGAAACCUUACUUUCUUAUUGCACAAGACAAACCUUAGUACAUCACCCACACAUACAUGCAAAUGGAAGCAGACUUACAAGGAAUUAUGUGACUACACAGUCAGACAUUACAUUCACAUGUGUAUAUAAAUACAUAUGCCUAUAUUAUGCACGCGCAAACACAAACACACAUAGGACACAUACACAUUAACACACUUAAACUAAUACAACUGUUAAAGGGAUAGUUUGGGAUUAUGUUUCCGAGUCCACUAUAAAGGAAGUUAGCAUUGGCUCGUGAAACUACCUCUAACUAGUUUAGGGCAAAGACUAGAACCUAUCCCUUUACAGUUUUUCUCAAUCGCGUAUAAGCAGUUUUUGUGUCUGUGUUGGAACAUCUAUAGCAGAAAACCGCAAUGAUGAAAUGCUCGAAUACAUUUACAGAACUUCUGGUCAUAUCUUAGAUCACCGUUUGCAAAACACUUCAUUCAAAUGUCAUCAGUGACUACAAAAUGUACUGUUACGUGUUCUGUUCACAUAAUAUAACACAAUUACGGCCCUGCUACACUAUAGCCAUCGGGCGUCUGGCGUUGCCAUCAGCUGUUGAGAAAAGGCUUCCUUUGAAAUCGAAGAAAGCUGCUUCCCUGUCAGUGUUGCAUCACGUCCAAUGGCAGCAGCGCCCAAGCUCAAGAAUCGCCAUGGUGAAAUUGUUGAUGGCUGAUGCGCGAGUUCAUUCUAUCUUGUGAAUUGAAAUAAUGAGAAAUAAAGUUGCUUUUGGUUGCAUAUGGCUUUGACUACACCACGGGUUAUUUUACGUUCACAAUGUAAACAAAAGCAACUUCCGUAAUUAGAGAACAGAGAAUCAUUUAAUACAACUAAUAGGAACAGCUUAAUCAGUACUUCUGAAAAACUGGACAAAAGAUAUUGUACUUAGGCAUAAUUGAUGAAUACGGAACUGUACAUUUGGGGAAAAUAUAAUGAAGACGCUCUCAAAACAACACGCUAUGUGACACAACGCUGGUGGCAUAGCAACGAAAAGCUUAAAUCAGGAGAGAACUUUGUGCGAUUUGUGUUCACUGUUUCCGGCAAUCCGUAUACUGCACACAAUUCUAAAUCACCCCAUCAGUGUCAUAUUAUGUAGCCCUAAAAUAUAUGGAAAGGUCUAGAUGACUGUUGGGACUGUCUAGUUGUUAUGACAUUAUUUUUUGACAAUAUUGCAGACAUUCAGAGAUGCACAUAAUUAAGUAAUCAUGCGGCCUAUUCAUAUCAGUUGUGUUCCUCCACCUUACCAUAUUUCUAUUGCGUAUGGUUUUUCUGUGAACCAAUGGAAAGUCUACAGGACAAUGAACAAACCUGCCUUUGUAUUGAGUACAUGGAAUUGGAUUGUGAUGAUACUGAUGAAUGAAUCGUGUGCACACAGUGCUUUUUUUUAUCAGGACUAUUUGAUAGAGUAUGAAAUUGUUUGGUAAAAUAUGCAUAAAAGGACAGGAAUUGCCCAUAACUCUGCACCUUUGGAUAGUUGUACUUCUACUUUUGAUCAUCAUGAUUUUGUGACUGUAAAUAAAAUGUAUUGAUCUACUGGGAUUUGUAAAAGCCAGACUAACUUCCUGUUUUGUCUGCUCGGACUCAAAAGAGAAGUUUGGUUGCGUUCAUCUUUCUGUAGGUAGUGGUGUUCUUUUGAUGAAUCUAUUAGCAAUGUUGAUGGUAGGCUAUAAUAUCAUUUUGAUGAAUGUAUUUUAUGUUUUGAGAAGGCAACUACAUUUUUGAAAAGGCAUUUGACUCUUUUCCAAAAGUCCACGGAGUUCUGUGUCUGGUGAACACUGUUUUGAAAAUUGACAACAUUGUUCCAAAAAAUGCUUGAAAUCGAUUGAGAAAAACGAAUGUAUGAUUUUUGGCCAGUUUGACAGCAUGUUUUUUUUUUACUUUCUGGUGUUUUUUUUGUAUCAAACAGGCAUGCAGACCAGGUCUUCAGCCCCCCCCCCACACACACACACACACACAUACACACAUAAUCUACAUAUAGGGUGCCUAAUCAUGGAUAUCAAUGAAAUAUUAUAAAUAUCUUAAUAAAUCUAUUAACCUGUAUACUGUAGUGUACAUUACUGAGCAUACCUCACUGCAUAUUGUUUUUUUACACAUAUACCACAUUUUCUUUACACACUGUAUUGUGUUAUGUGUAGACUAAUACAGCAGACAGGGACUGAAUACCUUUCUUCAGUGCUGAAUAAAGAGUGAAUACACAGAU